AUGGCGGCCUUCCUUCGUGCCGCGAGGGGUCUGGGGGAGGCGGCGCGCGGGAUGGGCAGGGCGAUGGCAUCCGCCGCCGUGCGCGAGAGGAAGGUGGCGGUCCUGGGCGCGGCGGGCGGCAUCGGCCAGCCGCUGGCGCUGCUGAUGAAGAUGAAUCCGGCCGUGACAGAGCUGGCGUUGUAUGACAUAGCCAACAUGCCCGGCGUGGCGGCGGACGUCAGCCACGUGAACACCAGGGCCCAGGUCAAGGCCUACUCGGGAGAUGAGCUCGGGGACUGCCUCAGCGGAGCUGAUGUUGUGGUCAUCCCCGCGGGCGUCCCCAGGAAGCCGGGAAUGACGAGACAAGAUUUGUUCAAUGUGAAUGCAGGGAUCGUGAAGAAUCUCGUUGAGGCGAUCGCGAAGAACUGCCCAACGGCAUGCAUCAACAUGAUAUCGAAUCCUGUCAACUCAACAGUCCCCAUUGCUGCUGAGAUAUUGAAGAGGAACAAUGUCUAUGACAAGCGAAAACUGAUGGGCGUGACAACUCUCGAUGUGGUUCGUGCCAAAACCUUCUAUGCUGAGAAGAUGGGUCUUAAUGUUGGGGAAGUGGAUGUUCCUGUGGUUGGAGGUCAUGCUGGCAUCACCAUAUUGCCCUUGUGGUCACAGGCCACCCCUUCCGCAGAGAUGUCCAAGGAUGAUGUUGAGGCACUCACCAAGAGGACGCAGGAUGGAGGCACUGAGGUGGUGCAAGCAAAGGCUGGCAAGGGGUCAGCAACCCUGUCCAUGGCUUAUGCGGGUGCCCUCUUUGCAGAUGCAUGCUUGAGGGGUCUGAAUGGAGCGCCCAACGUCAUCGAGUGUUCGUACGUAGAAUCCACGGCUUGUGACGGUGUGCCCUUCUUUUCUACCAAGGUCUUGCUUGGAGCUAAUGGCGCCGAGGAGAUUCAUCCCAUUGGCGACAUCAACGAAUACGAGAAGGAGGCCCUGGAUGCGAUGAUUCCAGAAUUAAACGCAUCGAUUGAGUCCGGUGUGAAGUUUGCUGCUGAGAACAAGUAG